CGCCCGGCGCAGGCCCCCUCCGUCGGCGUUGCCCGCGCGGGGAGCGCACGCAGCGGCCAGGGACGCGCGGGGGAGGGGGCGGCUCCGGCGGGGGGCGAGGCGCUGCCCCGAUCGCUCGCGCCGCGGCUCGCUGCAAACUUUAUCAGCGCGUCUCUCUCACUCGCCGGAGACGCGAGCUGGGGGUGGGGGUGCGGGGGGGGGGGGCGGGGGCGCGGCGCCGGCGGCCGUGACGAGGCGCUCCCGGCGCUGAGCGCUUCUGCUCGGGGCACGCAUGGCGCCCGCACCGGCCGUCUGACCUGAUGCGGACGCCAGGGGGUUACUAUGAACGCCCCCGUCGCUGGGAUCUGGCUCUGGCUCCCUCUGCUCUGGACCUGGCUCACCCCGGAGGAGGUCAGCUCUUCAUGGUGGUACAUGAGAGCUACAGGUGGCUCAUCCAGGGUGAUGUGUGACAAUGUGCCAGGCCUGGUGAGCCGACAGAGGCAGCUGUGCCACCGACAUCCUGAUGUGAUGCGUGCCAUCGGCCUGGGCGUAGCCGAGUGGACAGCUGAGUGUCAACACCAGUUCCGCCAGCAUCGCUGGAACUGCAACACCCUGGACCGGGAUCACAGCCUCUUCGGCAGGGUCCUGCUCCGAAGUAGUCGGGAAUCUGCCUUUGUUUACGCCAUCUCUUCAGCUGGAGUUGUAUUUGCCAUCACCAGGGCCUGUAGCCAAGGAGAAUUAAAAUCCUGUUCCUGUGAUCCAAAGAAGAAGGGAACAGCCAAGGACAGCAAAGGCACUUUCGACUGGGGUGGCUGCAGUGAUAACAUUGACUAUGGGAUCAAGUUUGCCCGAGCGUUUGUGGAUGCCAAGGAGAGGAAAGGAAAGGACGCCAGGGCCCUGAUGAAUCUCCACAACAACAGAGCCGGCAGGAAGGCUGUGAAGCGCUUUUUGAAGCAGGAGUGCAAGUGCCAUGGUGUGAGCGGCUCCUGCACUUUGAGGACGUGCUGGCUGGCCAUGGCCGACUUCAGAAAAACAGGCGAUUAUCUCUGGAGGAAGUACAACGGGGCCAUCCAGGUCGUCAUGGACCAGGAUGGCACCGGCUUCACUGUGGCUAACAAGCGCUUUAAGAAGCCCACGAAAAAUGACCUUGUGUACUUUGAGAAUUCUCCUGACUACUGUAUCCGGGACCGAGAUGCAGGCUCCUUGGGUACAGCAGGCCGUGUGUGUAACCUGACUUCCCGAGGCAUGGACAGCUGUGAAGUCAUGUGCUGCGGGAGAGGCUAUGACACCUCCCGAGUCACCCGGAUGACCAAAUGUGAGUGUAAGUUCCACUGGUGCUGUGCCGUGCGCUGUCAAGACUGCUUGGAGGCCCUCGACGUGCACACGUGCAAGGCCCCCAAGAGCGCCGACUGGGCAACUCCCACUUGACGCUGGUGGAGAUCAUCAACAGCCUUUUCUCCUCCCGCAAGGACACCAAUGGAUCUGCAGGGACACUGGGCCUUUGGGUUCUGUAGGGGAGUUAUUUCCAAGGCAUGUGACCUUUGUCUCUGCAGAAAGCCUCUCUCUCUCUCUGGAGACCCAAGACUGAGGUCACAUGCUGUAUGCAAAGCCUGCCCUCUGCUCUCUGACUUCCUGCAUUCAAGGGUCCUGAUAGGCUGUUAGAGGGGUGAGGGGCGGGCCCAAAUCCCUGUCUCCAACCUCUUACCCCCUCAGAAGUUUCCUCUUUCUAGAGUUGUUGACCAGAGGGAAGAACAUCUCAAAGGAGCUCUCUCUGGGUGUUCCAACAAAUGCUUAUGCUUAAGAAACUCUGCUUUUAUCUGGAGUGCAGAGGAAAGAAAGUAAGACCCACUACCACUGAAUGAACUUAAAUUCUUAAAAAGAGCCAGCAACGCUUUAGCCUAAUCAACCUCUAGCAGUAGUUGGUUACUGCUUUGAGACUGAUAACUGUCAAAAAAACAAACAAACAAAAAAAACAAACUUUAGCUUAGGAAGAUAUCUUUUUCAAGGUAUUUACUCCCCUAGUAAAAUUGGAUGUCACAAGGCAGGGUUGUUACUGGGUGGGGCAAUUUUGAAUCUUUGUAAUAGUAAAAAAUGUCAGGAAGUAAUUGCUUUGCAGUACUGCCCUCUUAUAGGUAAAACGUUGAGGAGUGAAACUUCCUUCUUGCUUAGGACCCGAAGGGCAUUUAAACAGAAGAUUGACAAUCUGGCAGGCUUCUCUUAUCAGGAGAAGAUGGAGAAAAAUUAUUCAGUGGGAAAGCAGAAAAUGCAUCUUGACACAGCAGUGCAGGUGAUCUGUGGAAUUCUGUAACUGAAACAGCUUUGAGAAUGCAGACUUUUGACAUGAUGAGAUCAGGGAAACUGAAAGCUGACAAAGAGGCUUUCCGAGCUGAGUUCAGGCCUGGAGAGCUUUUCCCAUAAGCAGAGGCCUGAAAGAAGUUCGCCACGUGGGUAGAGGAAUAUCAACUAGUCCCCACCACUCUCCAGCAUAUUUAAAGACCUGUCAUAGUUAAUUGUGUUCAUCUGUUGCUUACAUGAUGACAAGAUACUGUAGCCCAAGCAAAUGGCACAGCGCUUUGUGUAUAAAGUUGGGAACCCUUGCAUAUUGUGUUACAAAUGCAUCGUAACAGGGAGACUAUCAUUAAAAGAUCCAGCUGUAAUUAUGAGAACAUCAGUAUACAAAUUGUGGUCAGCCUCUGUCUUGUGCCAAAAGAUGACAUCCAGGGAAAACAGAGAGGCUGCUUCCCCAUUCUGCAGAUUCAGUGAGAGAAGGGUGAACUGGAUUCUAUCCCCUCCCGGAAUUAGGCUCUUGUUCUCAAUGCAAUUCUUCACAGGACUAACGGGAUGCUUCGUAAUAUGUAUCUGGUCUCAAACCAUCAAUAUCUGCUCAUUCUCUCAUUCUUAGAUCUUUGGCAUCUCUUCCCUUGCUUUCUAGAAGGACAUUUAGACAGAGGAUUGUAGGAAACACCUUUCUUGUACUUCCUUGUCUUGAUAUUUGCCUCCUCAUUUGUCCUCUUAGAAAAGGCAGGGUUCUUCUCUUUUCCCAUACUCCCAAACCUCAGAAUUAGUAGUACUGCCCUCUUAUACGUAAAAAGUUGACUCUUUCCUUUUUUGAGCCUAUGGAUUUAGAGUGUGGGAUCAGUGGAGGGUGAGUUGCUGCUCUGAGCUUAGUGUGGGUCAGUGGGGGAUGUGGGGGAGGGUUUGGCCCAUGGGUUCAGUCUAAAUCACACUGAGGUUUGCUAUCGGGUCAGGGGUUCUCCUGGGUCCCAACACCAUCAGCCAUCAUAAAUCUGUGGAAAUCGUGACACAUGGAAACAUUCAGAGGACACCUCAGUCCCACUCAGUUUAUAUCUAAGGAAACUGAAACCGAGAGGUGAAGGGAUCUGUACAGAUAGCCACCGUGACCCUGUGCUCUGUUUCAAACAGUGAAGCACUUUAUAGAGUAAAUAAAGCAGUCUCUCAGAAUUAACUUAAUGGCAUCUAAAUCAUUUUAGCAUCCAAGGGGAUGUUCUUUGUUUUCUCUUUUCUUUUACUCGCUUGUAUUCCUGGAUCAGUUUAGAUCCGAUUUUUUUUUUAUACUUAACUGCAUUGUUCCUGAUAGAGAGCCAGGGGACCAUGUGUAUCCAUGCAGAGGCCUGCACAGAGAGUCAGAUGGGUAGGGGAGCUAUGGGGCAGUAGGAGCAAGCACUGUGGGGAGAAAAUAAAUUAUUAUUCCCUGCUUUUACUUCUGAAACAGGAACUCUUCAUUCCUGGAAAACAUUUUGUGAAGAUCAUUUCAAACACCGCUUUAGAGGAUGGUAGAGGAUCAGCAUGAUUAUGAUUCUAUAAUUAAACCCUUGAUUAUCUGAGUCUUUUAAAAAAAUGUAUGACAACAAUGACCCAAAAGUAGAGAAUAAGAGAAUCCAUUCAGGAGGCUGGAGUGAUAGUACAGCGGGUUGGGCAUUUGCCUUGUACACGGCCGACCCAGGUUUGAUUCCUGGCAUCCCGUAUGGUCUCCCCAACACAGCCAGGAGUAAUUCCUGAGUGCAUGAGCCAGGAGAACCCCUGAGCAUCAUUGGGUGUGAUCCAAAAAGCAAAAAUAGAGAGAGAGAGAGAGAAUCCACUCAGGUCAA